CAUUUUACCUGCACAGCCUCCAUGGGAGUCCCUUGACAGAUGCAGGCUUGGCCCUCCUCAAUCCUGCUCUUUCCAUCCACCCUUCGCUGGUGGCUCUGGAUCUAGGAGACUGCAUGCUGGGUGAUGAAGGCAUCAACCUUAUCUGUGGGCUCCUGCCGCCUGAUGGGGCCAAGUCCGGCCUCAAAGAGCUAACACUGAGCGCCAACCCAGGCAUCACAAGCAAAGGCUGGGGACGCCUGGCCAUUGCAGUGGCUCACAGCUCACAGCUCCGCGUGCUGAACCUGGACUACAACCCUCUAGGUGACCAGGUGGCAGGGAUGCUCGCUGUCGCUGUGGCCUCCAGUCGAACCCUCGAAGUUCUGGACUUGGAGGGAACAGGACUUACCAAUCAGUCAGCCCAGACCUUGCUGGACAUGGUAGAGAACUAUCCCACAGCCCUACGGACACUCAUCCUGGCAGAGAACAACAUUAGUCCCGAGCUGCAGCAGCAGAUCUCUGACCUUCUCUCAGAGGGUGAGGAAGAGGAGGAGACAGAGGCUCACGAAGUCACAGCCAGGGAGAAGAACCCCUGGAUCUGCCAAAACAAUUCCAGCUCCCAGAUGGUCCUGAUGACGUCAGGUCUCGGUGACAGCCUCUUAGCAGAAACAGAGAUGUAGCUGGGCUACCCUGCCUGCUUCUGCCGAGAAGAGCACCGUGCCCGCGGAGGCAGCGUGUGCCUGCCGGACCCCCGCCUCCGCUGGGCUCCCCAGCCCACUUCUCACACAUUUCACCUCCUGUUGGCGCCUCACUCGGCUCUCUGAGCGCCGGAGCCUGGUCCGAGCAAAUCUCUACACACGUCUCUGUGUUGUCACACGCCCAGUCGGCCGCUUGUGAUUGUCCCGUCGCCGCAUGUGUAGCUCACGCCGCCCCCCCACGCCCGGCUGUGCCCGCAGGGCGCAGGCUGUAUUUAUUCAGAUGUGUAUAAGAGAUGUCCUUUCUAUCGCCUGUACUGCUGUCGCGAUGAGAGUUUUAUAAAGGUCACAGACGUGGUGGCACCA